CUUUACCCGGUCGGUCUCCAAGUCCCAAACAAGAAGAAGGAGCAGCAGCAGCGAGAGAGAGAGAGAGAGAGAUUGAUAAUUACAGAUCCAAUCACAGGUGAGGUAGGUUCUCCUGACUCUCUUCGCCGCAGCGCACACCACCCCAACUAGCUCCUAGCCAUUAGAGCCGGAUUCUUUUCUGGACGGACAAGGCGGAGAGGGAAGAAGAAGGAUUGUGCCAACCAUAUGCAUCCUUCUGGAAUUAUCUAGUUCCUUAAUCUUUCGUCCAGCCUGGCAGAUAUCAAGAGGUCAGGCACAUCUCGCACCUCUAAGUGGGUGUGGGUUUGCAACUACUCUGCAACCAACUUAACCUCGCCUCUGGGGAAAAGCCCGUCUUACAUCUGGAGACUACGCCGAGCAUUGGAGGGUCUUUUCGAUUAUGGUUAAUUUCCAACAAUAGUUGAGAUGUAACACGUUUGCUGAACUGAGUUCUCAUCGAAGGUAGUCCUUUGAUAUAGCAAUGUGAUUGGGUCGACUCUGUUUGUGUUGUACUUGUGAUUGCCAUCAGAGUUGACUUAUGGUUAGGUUUUUCUGCUUCUCAUCCUCGACCAGUACCACACAUCAUAGGGCAAAGGAACACUUUCUGCCAGCUGAACAAGUCAUUCUCGGUGCUUCACAGAAGGAUACCAUGCUUGCUGUUUCACAGAUGGAUUCUCAGGAUCAAACAGUGAAGUCCAACGCUGGAUCAGCAAGUCCAAACCAGUUGACAGAUGUAAAUGAUCAUUCAAAUGUUAGCCGGCAGUAUGAUACUAGCCCAUCGUCUCAUCAAGAAUGCUGGAGAUCUGAAGACUUGAACAGAUAUGCAUGCUCUGAUGACAGUAAGGAGUCUGGCCACCUAAAGAAGAGCCUAUCUCUUGGAAACAUGCUUCACAAGGAUCAUGAUCAUCAUUUUAGUGAAGGUGCUGAAUGUGAUAUUAUUGACUGUGACCACAAAGGCCAUUGCUCUAGUUUGAAAAGCAAUUCAGCUGUUGGAGAUUCUGCUAAGUUAAACACUAAGGGCAAUGAGAAUGCUUUUGAUGCCUUGUCUGACUUGGUCAGUCCUUCAGGUGACCAUGUUGUUGACUCUGAUAGCCACUACCUGUGUUAUGACCAGACCAAAUUUCCAAGAUCACAAUCUGCUAUAUUUCAGAAUAAUUCCAAUUGUGGUACAGAAGGUUCUGCUGAUUCUGAGAUACUAGGGCCUCGUUGCAGGUCUUAUGAAGAUCUGUGUUCAGCGGUUAGUGAGAAGGUUGAUUAUCUGAAUAGCGAUCUGUGUUCAGCGGUUAGUGAGAAGGUUGAUUAUCUGAAUAGCGUCGAGCCACAUCACUCUAAAUCAAAUUUGGAUGUGCAUUGUGCUGGACCUUCUUCUCCAGAUGUCUAUGAAAGAAUGAACUUUGAGGACAAUGGUUCAAUAGGUUGUUCUGAUGCUGCUGAUGGGGGUCAAAGGUCUACUGCAAGUGCAGAAGAAAGUUUUGUUAGGGAUGGGAUGCUAAGUCAUGAAUAUUGGGAUAACAAAUAUGUGAGCGGUCACCAAUCAGUUGAUCCAGUUGCCCCCUACUACUCUGGUACAGGGGAUGGUUCUCACCAUUCCAACAAUGACGGUGGCAUCAAUGAAGCUCUAGAUCAAGAGAGAAAAGAUAACUUGUGGAACAGAGAUAGCACUCCCUACCACAAAUCACUUGUCAUUGAUGCGAGUGAUCUAAAGUUGUGUGAUUCAAAGGAUAUUAGUGAAGAACUCAAGCACAACAGAACUGGAAUUAAUGACAACCAGUAUUUCGAUGUGGACCCAGAUGAACUUUCCCCAAGAACUUUUAGCAUUAAAAGAAUUGAGGAUUGGAUCAACCAAAUUGAUAUUGACGAUGGCACCCUUGUCGAGGAGCAAGGAGAAAGUUCAAACUCGGUGUUGACAAAAUAUAAUGAGCCGGUGGCUGGUGUUCCUGCUGUCCGGCCUGAUGCUAAAAGUCCUCUUGGCAUGGAGAUAGCUUACACUUAUAUUUCGAAAUUGACUCCGACUUCUUCGUCGGCACAAUUAGGAAACCUUGGCUUGGUUGCAAUUCCAAGAUUGAGCGCUUUCUUAGGCCUACGCUUGUUGAACUUGUCUGGGAAUUCAAUUGUGCGAAUAACUGCAGGGGCUCUUCCAAGGGGUCUUCACAUGUUAAGCUUGUCAAAGAAUAAUAUCUCAACAAUUGAGGGCCUUAGAGAAUUGACACGCUUACGCUUACUGGACAUCAGCUAUAAUAGGAUAUCCAGAAUUGGCCAUGGUUUGGCGUCCUGUUCUUCUUUGAAGGAGUUGUAUCUGGGUGGUAACAAGAUCAGUGAGGUAGAUGGUCUUCACCGUCUUCUGAAGCUAAAGGUUCUGGACCUGCGCCACAACAAGAUCUCCACAUCGAAGGGGCUUGGUCAGCUGGCUGCAAACUAUAGUUCUCUUGAAGCCGUAAACCUAGAUGGGAACCCAGCGCAGAAGAAUGUAGGUGAUGAGCACCUGAAGAAGUACCUUGUAGGUCUCCUGCCAAACCUUGGUUUCUACAACAAGCAUCCUAUAAGAGCAUCUGGCUCAAAAGAGGUAUCGGACCGGCACACCCGCAAGAUUUCUUCUUCCCAUCGUUCCGAUCGCAGCGGUAGAUCGGAUCGUAAAUCCUCGAGGUUGGUGGCUAGCACAUCCUCUUACAAGGCACAGAGUUCACGGCAUGCGCGUUCUGGGCAUGCCUCGAGCUCUUUUCUGAAGAAUCCAAGGGGCCGAAGCAUGGCGGUGGCAGCUUCAGGGCCUAGACUGAUGGAAUAUGGCGGUGCCGGGGAUGUUCAGAUCGAGAGAAAGGCUCAGUAAUAAGUUUUUCAGACUGCCAAUGCUCUCUCCUGUUUUCUUUUAAUUUGUUGGUAAAUAAAGCUCAAACAAUAUGCUGAGUUUCAGCUGCAGCAGCAGUUCGUAUGAUAUGUUUUCCUAGAUGGUGUUGAGUAGUAUUACAUUGGAAGACAAAUGGUGAUUGUGUUGAAUAAUUCAUUGCUGACUAAUGAGGAACAAAACAAUAUUUAGAUGGGCACCCUGUACACACUCUGCUAAUGUUAUUCUUGCUGUACAUACAGAGUGAAAUUAAUUGAUUAAUCUUUCCGUGUGAUAAUGGUAACAAGGGACGCUCUUUGACAGUGAAAGGUACAGCAAUUAAGAUCAAUUUGGCCAAACAAGAAACACACGUACAUUAAGAUUGAAGACUGACUAGGCAAAACAAAACAAACUAAUAAAAGGCAUCUACUGUACACGGGGAUGAACACAAGAAGAAGAAUAUAGGGCGUGACGGAGACAUGGACGACGAUAUUCGUGAGCGGAUUAUGGUUGGAGCUUAUUGUUGGAGACGUGGUUGGCGCCGACGUGGACGUCGUGGUCUCCGAUGAAUCGGCGCCAGAACCAGUGGGACUUCCAGACGAGCACCAUCUCCUCGAUGGGGACGUUCUUGGUCUCGGGGAGGAAGAGGGCGAUGAAGACGGUCAUGAUGACGACCCAUCCGGCGAAGAAGUAGAAGAGGCCGAACUUCAUGUGGCAGAGCAUGGUGAGGAAGGCCUGCGCGAUGACGAAGGUGAAGAGCAUGUUCACCGACACGUUGAUGCUCUGCCCCGCCGGCCGGAUCUCCAGCGGGAAGAUCUCGCUGGGGACGAGCCACCCCAGUGGGCCCCACGACCACGCGAACCCUGCCACGUA